GCAGCCCGGAAGUGACGUGUGGCCGUGCGUCAGGCUGUGUUGAUGUUUUGUGGACAGGAGGGAAGCAGAGCCGCGUUUUGUUUUUGUUCCACUAAAAAACGUCGAAAAGGAGCCUCGUCUUCUCCUUUACCGUCCUGUUCGGUUCGUUAGGAGCCUCUAGACACCGAUACCGACACUUUAGAUCCACAGAGAGGGGAGAGGACUACCUAACUACCCCCCCCUCCUCCAACCCCCUCUCCACCACCAUGACGAUCCUGCCGAAGAAGAAGCCCAGCUCCGGGGUCGGUGUGUCGGACCACGCCGAUGACAGCGACCGUCGGAGCGGCUCUGACUCGCACCAACACCCGCACCCGGGUAGAGCAGGAGCCCGGCCCAGAGCCUCCCCUCCGCCGUGGUCCUACCAGCCGGCUCCACCCUCCGACCGGCGCAGCAUCGAGGCGAGCUCCCGGCCGCAGCAGGCCUCUCCCCCGCCGGGCGGUUCCGUCUCCCCGGUAGGACCCACCGACAGUCGGGACGGCGGCGGCGGGAUGGAGCUCGUCGUCUCCUCCGGUGUCGGCGGUGGCAGCUGCUGCUCCGGGCCUGGGCUGAGCAAGAGGCGGCGGCAGCAGGCUGGUGGAAGCUGCUGCUCCAGUGUGGGGGGGGUGGGGGUGGUGGUGGCGGCUCUGGCCGGCGGAGGACAACCUGGAGGAGUGGUGAUGACCGGGCCCGGAGGAGGAGGAGGAGGUGGAGGUGGCGGAGGAGGAGGAAGUGGCGGCUCCACACAGGACGCGGAGGAAGGAGCCGGGGGGAACAACAGCGAGGAUGAGUACGAGAACGCGGCCCGGUUGCAGAGCGUGGACCCGGCCACCGUUGAGCAGCAGGAGCACUGGUUUGAAAAGGCUCUGGGAGAGAAGAAAGGCUUCGUCAUUAAGAAGAUGAAGGAGGACGGAGCGUGUCUGUUCAGAGCUGUCGCUGAUCAGGUGUACGGAGAUCAGGACAUGCAUGAAGUGGUCAGAAAACACUGUAUGGACUACCUGAUGAAAAACGCAGACUAUUUCUCCAACUACGUGACAGAGGACUUCACCACAUACAUCAACAGGAAGAGGAAAAACAAUUGCCACGGUAACCACAUCGAGAUGCAAGCCAUGGCUGAGAUGUACAACAGACCGGUGGAGGUGUACCAGUAUAGCACAGAACCAAUCAACACGUUCCAUGGCAUCCACCAGAACAACGACGAGCCAAUCAGAGUGAGCUACCACCGCAACAUUCACUACAACUCCGUGGUGAACCCCAACAAGGCCACGAUCGGGGUCGGACUGGGACUGCCAGCCUUCAAACCCGGGUACGCAGAGCAGACUCUGAUGAAGUCGGCCAUCAAGACGUCGGAGGAGUCGUGGAUCGAGCAGCAGAUGUUGGAGGACAAGAAGAGAGCGACAGACUGGGAGGCCACCAACGAGGCCAUCGAGGAGCAGGUGGCCCGAGAGUCGUACCUGCAGUGGCUCCAGGACCAGGAGAAGCAGGGCAAACAGCCCCGUAAGGCGAGCGCCACCUGCAGCUCGGCGACGGCAGCGGCCUCCAGCGGACUGGACGACUGGAGCGCCCGGUCGCCGCGGCAACGCGACUCAGACCCCUCCCACUCAGACCUCACAGCCGCCCCUGCGACCAACAACAAGCCCCCCUCCCCUGCCGGAGCCGCCCUCAUCCUGAGCAAACCCCCCUCCCCCUGCGCACCAGGUCCCAGUAAUCAGUCUCGUCAUCAUUUGGAGUACAGAGCCAUCAUGCAGGAGAUGUCGCCCACAGCGUUCGGUCUGACAGACUGGGAGGACGAUGAGAUCUUGGCGUCGGUACUGGCCGUCUCCCAGCAGGAGUACAUGGACAGCAUGAAACACCAGAGCACCGCCAUGCAUCGAGAGCGAGAGCCGUCGCCCGACAGCAGCUGAUAGCCGGCCGACACACACACACACACACACAUAAACAUACACGCACACACACACAUACACACACACGCACAACAAUGACCUUUGACCCCCCUCUCACCCCACCCCCAACCUGCCCCCCCCCCACUUCUAGAAGGAGAUCGACCAGGGAAAAAAAAAAAACACAAAACAAAGAGAUGCACACUCGUUUCUUUUUCUCCAGACUGUUUCACGUUUCAACUCAUCCGCUCAUCCGUCUCCGCUCAUUCUGUCGUCUCCUCUUCCCUCCUUCUUCUCCUUUUCUUCACCUCCAUAACAACCCCCCCCCCACCCCACCCUCUUCCAGCCAGCAGUGCCCCCCCCUCCACCUCCACCUUCUUUCAUGUCCUGGUUACCACUCAGAUGGAGCUUGGUCUUAACGCUGAUUCGGGAUCAGUUUAUACUCUUUUUCUUUUUUUUAAACAUCGUAUUUGGCAGCUUUUUCACCACGCUACACUGACACAUGAGACCUUCAGUCCUAGCUAACGACGACGGCACCUCUACUGCACAUGUGCAAAAAAAACAACGAUACCCCUUCUUUUUUUAAAACACGAGUCGCCAGCCAGUGAGCGAGGAAGAACCAUCUGCACCAUCUUUGAUUUUUAAAUGGUUUGUCAUGAGUUUUUAAUUUGAAGAGACUGAAUUCUUGAAGUUGCUAAUAUGAUAGCGUACCAUUGGAUUGGGUGGAUUUGUGUUUUUUCUUCCCCGUUAACAAAUAAAAUGGCGUGGAGAUUCACGAUGUAUUGUGUCGUCACGGAGACUCUGAAUCAGCAGUUUCAGAAGCUAAUGUCUCACAGUUGUUUAAAACACAACAGAGGCGCCAGCAAGACUUAUCUUUCUAUAAUUUUUGUGGAUUUGCACCUGUGCAGUAAAGCUACGCCUUACUUAUCGUUAAGUGCGACAAAAAGGGCUCGAGCUGACAGGGGACAGCAGUCGGGACGAGAUAAACCACUACAGAGAAACACCUAGCGUUACGCGGUUAGCUCGCUGGCUAAUUAUGAUUAUUAUUAUUAUAAUUAUUAUUAUUAAUAAUCAGGCUUGCAUUAUAACUACAAACACAGUGGCUAGCUGUAGCACACGACUAGCUGUCUCAAUCUAGUGGAAGUCAGAAGAAGUUAGUAAAUAUCGCUUCAAAACAUGCUUUACUUAACUUGUUAGCUAGCUAGCAAACACGACAAAAACAAGAGCAAUUGUUACACAGUUAAAAAAAAAGAAGGUCAGAGCCACUUUUAAACCAAACUUUUUAAACCACUGUGGUAGACGUCAGAUUAGCUUGGUAACAGAAUAGACAUAUAAAGUCAACGCUUUAAUUAAUAGUUAAUAGGAACGAUAUUCGCUAACUAGCUGCUAAUCUGCUAUCAGAUUACUUUGGCCCAGAGUCAAAGUAAGAGAAAACAAAGGGAACGUAAAAUAGUGACAGUAAAUAUUUAAUCGUGGGCUUCAAGUAACAACUGAGUUAAAUUUUUAUUUUAUUUCUUCUUGGUGAGCUGACGAAAAUUAGCAUUCCGAUUAGUGAAAUUUACUUGGAAUUCAUGAGGGAAUAAAGUUUAAUAUAUACACGUAAAAUAAAUAAAUUUACCUCGAGACCACUGAGGAUUUGUUUUAACGUAGCCUGAGAUUAGCAUUAGCAUUAGCUCUUAAGUUAGCCAUCACCUGAAGUCUUAUUUGGGUUUUAAAACAUUUGGUGAGCUAGCUCGGUGGCUAUUGGGGCCAUUGUUUUCAAUGAGGAAUGCUAAUUGGAUUGGAACAAGAAAGAUUAGGUAGGAGACGAUAGCAAGCUAUCACCUGAAGUCUUACUAUGUUUUGUAGCUAGUUAGCUAACAGGCUAACUAGCAAAGAUGUCCCCCUCCCCCCGACCGCGUUUUGUUUUUUUUCAUCACACCUGCAUUCUGCAAAAAACCCACCCCCAUUCUACCUCUGAUUGGCCUGUAACCUAACAGACAGAUCUACGCAGAAUGCAGGUAGGGUGAAAAAAAUAAGACCCCAUUUUAUGACUAUGAGGCAAGUUUUCACCUGAACCCACCCGUAUUCUGCAAAUAUCCACCCGUAUUCUGUAAAGACCCCCCCCCCCCUGCACCUGUAUUCUGCAAAGAUCCCACUCGUAUUCUGCAAAUAUCCACCCGUAUUCUGUAAAGACCCCCCCCCCGCACCUGUAUUCUGUAAAGAUCCCACCCGCUUUCUGCAAAGAUCCACCCGUAUUCUGCACAUUUUCUGAUUGGCUCUGACUCUGAUAUUCUCAACCUAAUAACUCUAAACCAUCUCAGUCCUCAUGCCUGAAGCUAACCAGGCUAACCAACUGGGGUAACAGGUACUAGCCAAUCAGAGGCAGAGUAGGGCAGGUGUUCGCAGAAUGCAGGUGGGGAAAUAAUAAUGUCCCCAUGUUAUGAGGAUAAUAUCAUGAGCAUUCUGUUAGAGAGAAAGAGAAAGCUUUCACAUGUACUUCAAAGCUAGUUUCUCUUAACAUUACGUGCUACCGCUCCCACCGGCCAUUUUUUGCGAGGAACGCUAAUCAGAAACGAAAAUCGGACUCCUGCAGGCAACGUUAGCGUGUUCUUUAGCGAGCGAGCUAUCACCUGAAGUCUUACUAUGUUUUGUUUUUUUUAAAGCUAGUUUCCUGUGGUUUCCGGGUUUCUAACACCGCUAACAAAGCCCCAUUAUUGUUAGCUCAGCUGCCGAUAGCAACAGCUCCGCACCGGCAGCCAUUUUGUGUCUGCGGACGCACUUCACUUUUUCUAUCAUUAGCUGGGAAAUAAAUACGCCUCGUCAUCAUCCAGCAGUGACUUCACAGUUUGUAACCGCCUCCAUCUUUUUUCUCCCUUUUCUCCUCCACUUCUUCCUCCUCUCCCCCCCCCACAUACACAUAUACCCCCACAUACCCCCCCCCCCAACCUCCAUCAUCGACAUCAUCAUCAUCAUCGGACUUAUUUAGCUGCAUGUUUAAUUGACCACGACCAAUAUCAUAGAGAAAAAGCGACAAAUAAAAAAAAAUAAUAAAAAAAAAGGAGAGAAAAAAAAUAGAGAAUUGUCAUACUUAUCCUCUUAAUGAUUGAUUAUUGUUGUUAUUAUUAAUAAUAUAAGUUUGUUUUAUUUUAUUUUCUUGUUUGGGAUGAAAAUACCUUUUUUUCUUGGAAUAAAAAGAGGAAAAUG